UGCAGCGAAGCGAUUGGUCCGCUCGGUGGUUGCUAUGACAACAUAUAGACUACAGUUCUCUAGUCUCACGCUGCUAGUGUCCAGCUGUUAACAGGCGGUUAGUUUCUGAUAUGUCUAAGAAUAAGGUAAGAGGGUGACUUUUAAAACAAACGUAUUUACAACUGAAUUACAUGAUAUUAUGUUUCCGGUUUGGUGUAACAAACUUACCUUAAAACAGCAGACAGCUGGACCAAAAGGGGCCUACAGUUCACAGAAGAAGAAGGAAGGCGAGGGAAGGAGCUGUAUACGGUACAGAUGUGGCCUGACCAACACUAUACAGGACGUCCUAAACCAGAGACCAGGCUGGGUAGAGGUGAAAGAUGAUGGCGAUUGGGACUUUAACUGGUGUGAUGUUGGGUGGCUAAGAGAGAACUUUGAUCACUCGUACAUGGAGGAACAUGUGCGGAUAUGUCACUUCCGCAACCACUACGAGCUGACCCGUAAGAACCUGAUGGUAAAAAACCUGAAGAGAUAUAGAAAAACUUUAGAGCGGGAGGCUGGGCGUUUAGAGGCGUCCAAAUGCGACUUUUUCCCCUGUACGUUUGUGCUGCCCAGUGAGUAUCACAUCUUUGUAGAAGAGUUUAAGAGAAGCCCCGGGAGCACCUGGAUCAUGAAGCCUGUGGCACGAUCACAGGGGAAAGGAAUUUUUCUGUUUCGAAAACUCAAAGAUAUCAUUGAUUGGAAGAAGGAUGGGUCCCGCUCUGAAGAACAGAAAGAGGAGGCUCAAGUUGAGAGCUAUGUCGCUCAGCGCUACAUUGAGAAUCCCUACCUCAUAGCUGGGAGAAAAUUUGACUUGAGAGUCUAUGUUCUUGUCACAUCAUAUAUUCCAUUGAAGGCCUGGCUGUAUCGUGAUGGUUUUGCUCGAUUUUCCAACACCAGGUUCUCUCUUAGCAGCAUAGACGAUCAGUACGUUCAUCUCACUAAUGUUGCAGUGCAAAAAACAUCUCCUGAUUAUGAUCCUGAGAAGGGUUGUAAGUGGCAGAUGCAGCAGCUACGGCAGUACCUGACCGCUAAGCAUGGUUUCGAGACAGUGCAGACUCUAUUUAAAGAAAUUGACAACAUAUUUAUUCGCAGCCUGCUUAGUGUUCAGAAGACCAUCAUCAAUGACAAACACUGUUUUGAGUUGUACGGAUAUGACAUACUACUGGACCAGGAUUUAAAGCCGUGGCUAAUUGAAGUGAACGCUUCACCCUCCCUCACAGCCAGCAGUCAGGAGGACUAUGAGCUAAAAUACAGACUGCUGGAGGACACCUUGCACAUUGUAGACAUGGAAGGCCGUCUGACAGGCAAGGAGAAGAGGGUUGGCGGAUUUGACCUAAUGUGGAACGAUGGACCUGUCUACACGGAUGUCGGACUAGAGACUCUGGGUAGUUCUUGCCUCGUGGCAAAUACACAUCUCGGCUGCGUGAAUGAUCGCCAGAAACAGCUUCAACAGCUUUUAAAGCCUUUCCCAGGACAGAAGAGGACAUGACAACAUGCAAAUGACAUCAAAUUAGUGUGACAAACUAUUCAUGACAAUCACACAAAUACCCACAAUUGUUAUAAUAUGCACCUAAGGAUUCAGAUGAUUGUAAAUAGGAGCAUUUAAAUACCCAGAAGGCAUAGCAAAGUCGCUGAAAAUUUUCAUUCACAACCUGAAAAUGACACUGUCUGUGCUUGUUCUGGUUUAAUGAGAACAUAAUGACGGUAUCAAUUUCCACAUUAAAAUAAAUACUGUAGACGGAGGCUUUGAUGAUGUAAUGAAAACUCUUUAUUUUGUAUCUCGUAAAAAUAGCUGCAUUCAACUCUACCAAAAACUCCCAGCAAAAUAAAAGCACAAUCUGACAAUGAUAGGACAAAAGUAGAUUUUUGUGUGUUUUUGCCUGAUAAGGGAACUUGACACAGUACAUAACAUACAAGAUGAAAUGGUGCUACAUACAGUACAUCAAGUAUGAAAAUGUGGUACCAUGUACUGUAUGGCCUCAACCUGUACCAGCUUUCAAGUCAUAUUCAAGUGCCUUGACAAUGCAUUACAGUACAUAUAAAACCACUACCAUCAUUGUUCCUGUAAAAAUAAACAAAACAUGCUAUAUUUACAGACAUGAAGUACAAUGUAAUCACCUGAAAGGUUCUCAAUAAGUAAACAAACAUAGAUAACCUUGACCAUAAUAUCUUAUAGGGGUGGGAAUCUUUAGU